AAACGAGGCCACUCUCUUCAUUUCAUCUCUCUCUCUCUCUCUUUCUCUCUUUCAUCUCCAAGUUCUCUGCAACUACUUCUUCCCCAGUCUCAUAUUGAUCUAACCCCAUCCAUGAAUCCAGCCCUCUCAUCCCUCUUCCCAGCUUUAAAUUCCUAGACCCAAUAACCAGAUCACACAGAAAAUCUCUCAACAUCCGCCAUUUUCUUCUGGGUUUUCUUGAUAUGGUUUUUACCUAAGAGUCUCUUGAUAUAUAUACCUCGCUAUAGGAGAGCAAGGGAAAGAGGAUAAGCACCGGAGGGAGAAUCCGAAACCGACGUGCUGCCGGUUUCUUCUUUCAGGGUUGUUUUAGAUGGAGCUCUUCCCAGCUCAGCCGGAUUUGUCCCUGCAAAUCAGCCCUCCCAACGCCAAAUCGGCGUCGUCCUGGCGGCGGGCGGCGGAAGAUGAGGUGAACUUGGGCUUCUGGAAGAGGGCCCUCGACUCGAGGAGCCACCACUCCUUGCCGUCCUCAAUGGCAGCCAGGAACGAGACCCGCUUCGAUCCCUCCCUGUCAAAUCCGAGGGCUAACCACAGCACCAUUAGCGGCGGCGGCAACAUUUCAAUGGCCAGCAAUAACAUCUCUUACAACCAUCUCCACCAGGGCAACAACCAUAUCCACUCCUUCCAACACCAAAACCAGUACUCCAACAGUAAUCAACACCAACAUAUGCAGCAGCAGCAUCAUCAUCAUCAUCAUCACUCAGUGUUGCAGCAUCAGCCACAAGGACUGAGCCAAGAGCUCAGCUUCUUGAGACCGAUUAGAGGCAUCCCGGUGUACCACCAGAACUCUUCCAGCGCUUUCCCAUUCGCCGCCCAACUUCACCAUCUAGACCCAUCACCAAUUCAUCACCCGAACAGUGGUAACUCCGUAGCUAAUAGUACCAAUACCAUCGCUCCUAACCUUUGCCAUUCGCACGGGCUGAUGAGAUCGAGGUUCUUGCCGCGGUUCCCGGCGAAGCGGAGCAUGCGGGCGCCGCGAAUGCGGUGGACGACCACGCUGCACGCCCGGUUCGUCCAUGCGGUGGAACUGCUCGGCGGCCACGAAAGAGCCACACCAAAGUCCGUCCUUGAGCUAAUGGACGUGAAAGAUCUAACCUUGGCACAUGUUAAGUCUCAUUUACAGAUGUAUCGAACCGUGAAGACUACCGAUAGAGCAAUAACUUCAGGACAAACGGAUGCAUUUGAUAAUGGAUCUUCAGGAGAAACUUCUGAUGAUUUGGUCAUUGAAGUUGCGAACCCGACAAGGCCGGAACUUGGAAGGCAUGAUCGUCAAGAUUCGAGUCACCAUGGUCUUUGGAGCAAUUCUUCAAGGGAAGCUUGGUUGCAUGGCAAGCCAAAGGAUUCUGGAGGAAGCACUCCAUCUGUUGAGAAGGACAUGGAUCCAAAGCUCUCAACCUACGAGAGGACAUCAGAAAUCAGUUCACCGCCGGUCAUUCUCGCAGGCACAAGUCCCAUGAAGCUAAACCUGGAAUUCACUUUGGGAAGGCCGCAUUAAUUAUUUUUAUAAUCUUUUUUUCCAAUUUUUUUUUCCUACUGAUUUCGAGAGACCAUUAAUUGUAGCUUAUUAGAAUCAGCUGAUGAACAAAAAAGAAUCAGGUUCUUCCCGCUGAGAAAAUCAGAGGCGAGAAAGUGAGAGAAAAACAAAAGGAAAAGAAAAGGCCAAAAGGAAAGGGGAGAGAGAGAGAGAGCUGAAGAAAGACAAGGAGACAAGAAAGACAGAAAGCAACAAAAGUAGAGACUGAGUUGGAGAAGGGAAAGAAAGAAAAAGCGUCCUUAUCAAGCUGCCUCUGAGAGAGACCCGAAAUCCGACAUUAUAGAAACAAUAUUGUAAUUCCUACGUAAAUAUGAUCCAUGAUGAUGUUGA